GGCGCGGCGCAGCCAGUGUUGGUCAGUGCCCCGCGCGCCGCGCACUCACCGAUACGCGUAUCCGAACGACGCUACGUAUAUCAUUAUCAUUCCAUAUUUAAAAUUUAAAAAUAUCUCUUCACUGACAGUUAGUUGACGUUUAAUUUUUUCUUUUUUAUCACCAGUGUUUUGUAUUAGGCAUGUGGUCGUAUUGAAGAUUAGCAAAAAGGUACAAUGUGUCGCGCGUGGUGGUUGAUGGUGGCUGCGGUGCUGGCCUCCGCCGUCGCUGACGAGGCCUCCGACCCUGAAGGCCUGCUGGAACCAGUAGCUGAACCAUCAAUAAGCGAUUCGGAGUAUUCGAUCUACAUUGGGAAAUGGACUGAAUGCAACCCCCUGGGCGUAGGAGAGCAUGCUUCACGGACUAUAGAGAGGUACUUGAGGAUGGAGACCGACUCGCUAGUGCACACGCCCCGGCUCGGCCUGCAGCGUCGGCAGGUGCAGUGUCGCAAGAAGGACGGACAAUUCGUAGAAGCCAUGUACUGUGGUCCAGUGCUCGCAGAGAUAGGCACAGCUCGCGUGUGUGUGAUCAAGGAGGAUUGUGUGCUAGCUGAGUGGUUGCCAUGGAGACCACGACCUGAUGGCGCUCUGGUGCGCACCCGAAGACUGAAACGAUUGCCGCAAGGUGGAGGUAAGGAAUGCGACGUGGUGGAGGAAGUAAGGCCUGCAGCGCUGGAAGCGAGCGCUCACUGGACGCCUGGACCCUGGGGGCAGUGCAAGGUGGCCAUCGAGGCCGGACACACCAUGCUUCAAACAGUGAGCACCGACGAUGACGAUGACGCUGACGACAAUGACGGCACGUAUGACGAUGACGACGACGACGAUGAUGAUGACGACGGGAGAGCGGCGCGGGAUGUGGGCUGCGGGGGAGGGGUGCAGCGCCGGGACGCGACCUGCGUACGCGCCGAUGGGCGGGCUCUACACCCCGCGCAGUGUGCUCAUGCGCCUAUGCCAACCCUUGUUCAGCCUUGUGAGGUUCCUUGUCCGCGGGACUGUGAGGUUGGCGAAUGGGGAGAGUGGGGAGCGUGCCAGCCCACUGACGGCUGCCCUCUGUUCCCGGUCCAACAACUCACCACCACUGGCUACAGUGUCCGACGACGACGAGUGAUCUCUGCUGCAUCAGGAGGUGGAGCUCCGUGUCCUCCUCUAGAAGAGAAGCGAACAUGCAGCACUCCCCGCUGUGCGUCGUGGAAGGCCCUCCCUUGGGGACCUUGCGUACUGAACCAGCCUCACACCACCUGUGGACCUGGCAAACGAAGCCGGGAGCUGAGAUGUGUCGGACAUGAUGGGAAGGAAGCUCAGCGCGCCUGGUGCAGCGGUACAGGCGCUCCCCCUCGUAGCGAGAGAUGCCGCAUCGCGUGUGCUGGAGACUGCGUGGUGUCGUCCUGGGGAGCCUGGAGCCAUUGCUCAGCUGCCUGCGCUGCAGCCUCUCAUCCACGACCUUCCAGGACUAGGCGACGACAUAUACUGGCUCACUCUGCUCCUAACGGCUGGCCAUGUCCUGCGGAAGACCAGUUGUUUCAGAACGAGACGUGCAACACUCACGCGUGCGCCACCUACUCCUGGCUGGCCACUCCCUGGGGACCCUGCGAGAGGAGGCGACAGGACUACAUCCCUGUCAAUAACUACACUGAUUUACUGGACGGAGAGACUUUCAACGAGAGUGACGAAGACGAGCCGUGCAUCGAAGAAGGAGAGAUGAUGCGAGACGUGAUGUGUGUCCAGAACAACGCUGAUGUUGUACGGGAAGCUCUGUGUGCUCCCCUGCGUCGCCCGGCUUCUCGUCGCGCAUGCACGGUGCGUUGUCGCCGCGGCUGCAGAGUCGAGGCUUGGAUGCCGUGGUCGCCCUGCCCUAAUACUUGUGAGCCGGGCAAGCAGGUCCGCGUGCGAGUAGUGCACGGCGGGCCGAGCUGUGGGUCGCGCAUGGAGACGCGCGAGUGUCCGGUGUCGCGCACAUGUCGCGCGCGCGACGCCGCCUGGGUCGCCGGCGACUGGAGCACGUGUCGCCUGCCGCCCAUGCAACGCUGCGGAGUCGGAUACAGAGUUAGAAGCAUCUGGUGCGGGUCUGAGUCCCACCGCGUGGAGGCAGGCGCAUGCGCCGGCCAGCUGAUCCCCCGCAGCGUGGCCGCGUGCCACGUCACCUGCGAACAUAUCACUCCGCUCACCUGUGACGUCAUCUGCUCUGAUCCACUCAAACACCUUGACGCUUCUGAUCCUGAUGUUCCAAACUGCGUUUGUAAGAACGUUUCCUUGGAGCUGUUGCCGACCGACUCUGACUGCAUACUUCCAUCUGGAAUGGAGUGCGGUGAAGGCAGAUCGUUGCGCGCUGCCAGGUGCAUGGUGGGAGGACGGGAUGUCCCCAUGGACGUCUGCAAGAAAUAUCAUCCACUCACUGGUCCAAGUCGUGUCCGCGAAGCGUCCACAGACGGGUACCUGUACGACGUGGAGUUCCCGUCCCUGCUGCGCGGCGCGUGCAGCGUGCGCUGUGCGCGGGACUGCGCGCUCGGGGAGUGGGGGGAGUGGGGGCCGUGCGCCUCGGAACCUGGCUCCAGGGCUGCUUUCCGAUUCCGUACUAGGGAGGUGAUAGAGGAGGGUUCGGGCGGCGGGCGCGAGUGCGGCGCGACGCUGCAGCGCGCGACGUGCGCGGUGUCGGAGCCGCGCUGGGCGCUCGGCGACUGGUCCGUGUGCAGCCCGCCGCGCGCGCUCUGCGGCCGGGCGCUCAUCAACCGGACCGUCACCUGCGUGGACUCAGACGGCGUGGAGCUGGAGCCGACGACAUGCGAGGCGGCGGGCGCGGGCCCGGCGCCCACGCAGGACGCGGCGUGUCGCGCGCCCUGCCCCAACGACUGCGUCGUCAGCUCCUGGUCCGAGUGGAGCCCCUGCGAACAGACUAAAUGGGGAGGUCGUCGUGACCGUACCCGCGUGGUGCUGCGCCCCGCUGACGACGGAGGCUCCCCGUGCCCUCACCUCGUGGGGGCGGAGCCCUGCUCUCCUCACGCGUACACCUGGCACGUCGCACCUUGGGAUGACUGUCAGCCUUUAGGAGGAUCCCCAUGUGGUGAAGGAACAAAGAAGAGAGCAGUCAGGUGUCUGCGCAGUGACGGCGUUUUUGUGAACGAUUCCUUCUGCCCUAACACCACAACGACGGAAGCCAAGGAGUCGUGGUGCUACGUGCCGUGCGGCGUGGACUGCGAGCUGAGUGAGUGGGGGCCCUGGGACGCCUCGGCCUGCUCCUGCGGGGACGCCAACACCGCCAGCCAUAUGCGCCGGACCAGACAACACCUGACGGCGGCAGUGUGGCCGGGUCGCGCAUGCCCGGUCACGGAGCAGCGCGCCCCGUGCCCGCGCGAGCCCUGCCUCAAGCUGGUGGCGCGGCCCACGCUCGGGUGCCACGUACAGGUACUUAACGAGACGGCAACAGGCUUAGAAGCGGUGGGUGCGUGUGGGUUCGGAGUGAAGGUGUCCCACGUGCGCUGCGAGCUGACGUCCGCGGCCGACGACUCCGCCGACCUGUACCUGCAGCCCUGGCGCUGCGCCGCCGUGCUCCCGGGCAGGAUCGUCGCACCGCCCAUGCAUUACCAGGAGGAUGAGAUCUGCGAGGUGGAGUGUGGAUGCAAGCAGUCGGAGUCUGGCCAGCCGGGCCCCUGGGGUUCGUGGGGCCCAUGUCGCGGCGGGGCCCGCUCCCGCACCCGGCAGCUGCUUGUACCAGCUCGACGAGCUUGUAGUACUCCUUCCAGAUACGUGACGAUCGAAUGGGCCAACUGCACGGGCGAGCUGGACGAGAUCCCCGACCUGCUGGCCGUGGAGCCGCGCGAGGACAAGCCGCGCCGCCUGCCCGCCCCACAGGACAUCUACCACGACGGAUACAUCGAGGGCAGCACUUCAGUACUGGCGGUGGUGUGGACCGCGACCAUCGUGCUCAGUUUUUACGGAGCUUACAUGUUGUACCGCGGGCUUAUGAGAUGCCUGAGGAGUAAAAAACUGAAGACGAUCACGAAAGUGUAAUGUAGAGGCAGGUAAUACAUAUACGUGUGACACUCGCUCGCCGCGCGGCGUCGCUCGCGGCCCUUCACGUCUCGUGGACAUUCUGUUCGUUUUAAGACCAGAUUGCGUUGUUCUAGUCUGCGACUACUAUCGUUCAGUUUACUGUCCUGUGUUGAUGUAACAUCUUCCGUCAUUUUGCUCAUUUCAUUGUUUGCGAAUUAUGAACGUUUCCCAUUACUUCAGUGACAUAUAUCUGUAACCGCAUCAACUACUAGUAAUAUACUUAACAAAUGAUAGCCAGCAAAGAGUCUGUCCGCAGGAGUGCUUCCAUGUUUUUACUACGUAUAUAAAAAUAAUGCUUUAGACGGUUUUUAUAACUCCACGCUAAACGAUUAGCCGAGGCGUUGGUCGGGCUUUUUGAUUGACAAUAUACUCGUUAGCUGUAAUACUAGCUAGCUACGCCCGUAGCGGACUGUAGGCGAGGUGGUACAUACCGUCGGAUACUCAGGCAAUGUGCAACACACAGAGCCGUCCAUUUUGAUAAGCGAUACUUGAAGUGACGAUUGGCUAGGAACUUCAUACAUUUUCAACAUUACCAACAGUUUACUCGUUGAAGUUAACGCAAUCAAAGCAACUGUAUCUAUUUCCAAUACUUUCAGUGUCUAUUUUUUAUAAAACAUAACUUUUACAAUGAUCUUUUUUCGCACAAAUACUAAUAUAAUAUAAGUGUAAUACCGAUGCUUAGUUAAUUUACAGUAACUAUUGUAAGCAUUUUAACGAUACAGUAAGGUUAGUCGAAGUCGAGGACGACUAGUCGCCAGUCGCUAGUCGGUACCGGCCGGGGAAGACUUGUGUUGACCAAGUUACACGUGACACAUCAUGCCACAUAUCAGUGUUAUAUUUAAACAAUCGUCGUAAUUACUAUAAAAUAUCUUCUGCGUGUGAACACAAACCGAUUCACCGCCUGAACCUGUAAACAUGACAUUUACAAGAUUUGCGCUGAGAACAACAUCUAGUCAUGUGCGGAAGACUUUUUAUAACGCUUAAUAUCAUCCAAGUAGAGCUUUGGCGCACAAAAACCUACCUAAUAUGAAUAGUGUAUAAGAACUAUUAUUAACUGAUCAUACCGUUUUGAGAUAAUAAUCGUGUAUAACACUUUUUUGUAGAUUUUGCAUUUAAGCCCAUGUAUUGUGUACAAGUAUUUAUAUAACGUGAGUGUGUUCUAAAUCUCUUCGACUUGUUUCUCCUACUUUCUAUAUCCUUGGAACUUUCCUUCUUCGGAACUAUCACUUCGUCUGUGAACUUGAUAUAAUUUUGCUUCUAUUUUAAUUGUUUAUGAAGUAAAAUUACGGAUAUGUGGUGAUUAAUUAUUAUGUUAUCGGCUUACUCACGUAACUGUUUGACGAGGAACUCGACUAGUUUCAAGCCAUGCUAGAGGCUCAUAUACAUGAGCAGCAUUCCACACAUAUGACGUGGUGAUUGUCGCGCUGCUACUGUCAAAUAGUUACGUGUGUAAGCCGAUACCAUAAUAAUUAAUUUAGUAUGUUUCACGAAAGUUAUAAUAAGAUUGUGUGGUGGUUUUUAUAUAUUUGCUUAUUAAGUAUUACUAUUUAAUAUGGGAAGGUGGAAAGGAAAACUAUAUGAUAAUAAUAUAGUGCUAUAAUUGUCUCUGAAACACAUUAGAAAGAUCUUAAAUGAAUCAACAUUUCCAUAUUAAGUAGCAAUACACGAAUCUAUUAUAUCAUAUAUAUAUAGUAACUAUUGUUAAGUUUUAAUUUCACAAAUAUAUUUCUAUCCUUGGCUACUUCUUGUUCCUUCAAGACAAUAUCUUAUAAAAUGUUAUAUUCUACCAUAUAUGUAUUAUGAAGUAUCGCGGCAUCUGUACUCUCUGUCUCUUGCUAUAGGAUCUUGGUAUCUGUCAAUAGUUUAUCGAACCAGUGUAUUUGUAUCCGUACUUAUAUCAUAACAAUACGAUAUUGAUGUGAAACAUGAUAGUUAAGGAAUCGUGUUAGACAAUACAAUAUUUGAUAUUUAAUAAAAUUUGAUUGUGUUUUUAUA